AUCAAUCUCUUAUAUUAUUAUUAUUACUACUACUACUAUAAGCAACAAAGCAACCCGUUACGAAAAGUUCGUUCAUCACCACCUUGACUCACUCCACUCAUUCAAUGGCGAAACCAGUUUCAAUUCAAGUAUGGAACCCAAAUGGAAAAUACAGAGUUGUUAGCACAAAAUCAAUGCCUGGAACUCGUUGGAUCAACCUUCUCAUUCAACAAGAUUGUCGUCUUGAAAUAUGCACAGAGAAGAAAACAAUUCUUUCAGUUGAAGAUAUCAUUGCUUUGAUUGGUGAUAAGUGUGAUGGAGUUAUUGGACAGUUGACUGAAGACUGGGGAGAAGAGUUGUUCUCUGCUUUGAGCAAAGCAGGAGGUAAAGCUUUCAGUAAUAUGGCUGUUGGUUAUAAUAAUGUCGAUGUCAAUGCUGCAAACAAGCAUGGUGUUGCUGUUGGAAAUACUCCUGGAGUGCUCACAGAGACUACGGCAGAGCUUGCAGCUUCACUGACUUUGGCAGCUGCUAGAAGGAUAGUUGAGGCAGAUGAGUUCAUGAGGGCAGGAUUAUAUGAUGGAUGGCUACCUCAUCUAUUUGUUGGAAACUUGCUCAAGGGACAAACGGUUGGUGUUAUCGGAGCUGGCCGUAUUGGAUCAGCUUAUGCAAGAAUGAUGGUUGAAGGGUUCAAGAUGAACCUGAUAUACUUCGAUCUCUACCAGUCUACAAGACUAGAAAAGUUUGUCACAGCAUAUGGUGCUUUCUUAAAGGCAAAUGGUGAAACACCAGUGACUUGGAAAAGGGCAGCAUCCAUGGAUGAGGUUCUCCAGGAGGCAGAUAUAAUUAGUCUUCAUCCUAUCUUGGAUAAAACCACUUAUCAUCUAGUCAACAAGGAAAGACUCGCUAAGAUGAAGAAGGAGGCAAUUCUUAUAAAUUGCAGUAGAGGACCUGUUAUUGAUGAAGUUGCACUUGUGGAGCACUUAAAAGAAAAUCCAAUGUUUCGUGUAGGCCUUGAUGUGUUUGAGGAUGAGCCCUACAUGAAACCUGGACUUGCAGAGUUGAAGAAUGCCGUUGUAGUACCACACAUUGCAUCUGCUUCCAAGUGGACUCGUGAGGGAAUGGCAACACUAGCAGCUCUAAAUGUGCUGGGCAAGAUCAAAGGCUACCCAGUAUGGUUUGAUGCCAAUAGGGUGGAGCCAUUCCUCAACGAAAACGCUCAACCUCCAGCUGCAUGCCCAAGCAUUGUUAAUGCAAAAGCCCUGAGUUUACCAGUUUCAAAGCUGUAGUGUAGGCAUACGGGUGUGCUUUCUAUCCUACAAGAGCCUUCAAAGCUUGUGUGCAUGUGUACUGAUGGUGGCAGUGUGAAUAUAAAACUAUAAAUACUGUCUUGUUAGUAUCAUUACCAUUUGCUUGCAGUAUACUGUUAUUUAAAAUUCUCAAUUGAACCAAGAAUCCUUUAAAAUAAAAGAUGAGAUAUUUUUGCCACCUAUUCGAA